AUGACCGCCUUCCUGCCGUUGGUGCUGAUGCCCAUCCUCGGGCUCGACAAGGGCAAGGACAUGUCCGAGAUGUACUGGAAGGACUGUGUCAUGCAGCUGUUCAUCAUCCUCUGCCUGAGCAUCACUAUCGAGGAGAUCAACCUGCACAAGCGGGUCGCCUACUGGCUGCUACGCUUGUCAGGCCCAAGCCCGGCGAGCGUGCUGUACGGCUUCAUGGCGACGAGCUACUACCUGGCCUACUACCUGCCCGACUACACCGUCGUCAACCUGAUGGUGCCGCUGGCGACCGCCGCCUGCAACGCGCUGGAGGCGUCCAAGGCCAACUCCCGAGACACUGUCAGUAAAGCCGAGAAGCCGACCGGAUCCGGUGCUGCCAAAUCCGGAAGAUCAGCUGCUUCGAAUAAGAGCGUCUCCGAGAAGCCGAACAGCAAGAGCGAGGCGGCCACGCAGUCUGGGUCGUCGCGUCGCAAGAAGGGCGGCGCCGAGGUGGAGACGGUGAUCAGCGUCGGCUCCGGCGUCCCGAUCGACCCGGACGACACGGAGAUUGGCCUCCGAAAAGCCCUUAUCCUCGCCUGCGCGCACGCGGCGCUGAUCGGCGGCACGGCGCUGCUCACCGCUGCCACCCCGAGCCUCAUAGUCUCCAACAUCAUCAACGACGCCACCGUUACACCACCACGAGAUCCGCGUAAACCCGACGAACCGACCUUUCCGAUCUUCGACCCCCUGGCGAGGAUGAGCUACAUGGUGUGGGCCGCGUUCGCCAUGCCGCAGUCGAUCCUGUUCCUCGUCGUCUCCUACCUGACCUUGGCGGCCCGCGGCCUCAACAUCCACCCGCUGUACAUGCUGCUGCCGUGCGCCAUUGCCCCGUCUCUGGCCUUUGCCACCCCGUGGGGCAACGCCCCUAUGGCCGUCGUCUAUGAGAGCGGCGUCUUGGAGGCGGGCGAGAUUGUCCUCACCGGUGCCAUCGUCUCCAUCGUCUGCGUCGCGCUGACGUUGCUCAACAUCAACACCUGGGGCUACUGGAUGCUGGCGCUGCACGAGGAUAUGCACUGGCAUCCGGAGGCGGUACCGAAAGCCACGACAACCGUCUUGAUCACCACCACGAUGACGGUGACGAACAUGACCUCGGCGGCCCCGCUCUCG